AUGGCAGGUUUUUUAAAUAAUUACUUGGAUGAUUCUUCGGAUGACGAAGAUUUAGAUUUUAUGGGGGACAUUGCUACUAGAAAUAAAUAUUACCUAGGACCGUUCUUCAGCGGUGAAGAGCAGAACGUCCAAAGGAUGCUGAAGAACAAUGAUGAUACUGAAUACAGGAUAUGCUCGGCCUGCAACGAACCCAUAAGCGAUAAAUUCCUGCUCGAGGUGUCUGGCAGGAGUUGGCACGCUCGAUGUUUAAGAUGUUGCAUCUGCCAACUGCAACUGGACAGACAACCUUCCUGCUUUAUACGCGACAGAGCCAUCUACUGCAAAUCGGACUAUGCUAAAAGUUUCGGGGCCAAAUGUUCGGUAUGCUCACGCGGUAUCUCCUCCAGCGACUGGGUGCGAAAAGCCAGAGACCACGUGUACCAUUUGGCGUGUUUUUCCUGUGCCGCAUGCCACCGACAGCUUUCGACGGGCGAAGAAUUCGCCCUCCACGAAGACAGAGUGCUCUGCAAAGCCCACUACUUGGAAACUUUGGACGGCGGUACCACAUCUUCAGAUGACGGUUGCGAUGCGGAAGGAUAUCAUAAAAAUAAGGCUAAGAGGGUGAGGACCACUUUUACGGAGGAACAGCUUCAGGUUCUCCAGGCAAAUUUUCAGUUGGACUCGAACCCGGACGGUCAGGAUCUGGAGCGCAUAGCCCAGAUAACUGGGCUCAGUAAACGGGUCACUCAAGUUUGGUUUCAAAAUUCGCGAGCUAGACAAAAGAAGCACAUGCAUACGGGAAAAGUCAAAACAGCAUUGCAUAACAGUAGAGAUGAUUCCUUUGGAAGACACAUUAAUUUGCACCUUACCUAUUCCUUUCAAAAUAACAAUAAGGCUUCUUCAAUAUUCUCCCAACCUGAUUCUACCUUAGAUGAUCUUUCCCAAGAGUCAACAUUGCACUGUAUGCAAAAUGAAGUGUAGAUGACUGUAGCAGCUUUAAGAGCACUCAUUUUGUUAUCUUUAGAAAUAUAAAACACCUUCAAGAGACGCGUCUCUCUAAAAGCAAAUCGAAAAGUCAAUUUGAUAUUUUUAAAAUAACGAA